AUGAUGAAGGAAUGGAUUUGUGUGCUGCUGUUCCUCCACGUGGGAAUAGAAAUCACCAACACAGCGCACAUACAAGGUAUUGCUUUUUGCUGGUGUCCGAUGACUAUUUUAUCGAUUUUAGGUUCUUGGAAUCCGUCAGAACAGAAGGUGCUCGUUGUCACAAAAUUUGGGUAUCAACAGACGAAACAGAAAAAUGAAAAAGACUCGCGCGGAUUCCUUUAUGGACAUUUUCUUCCACAAGCUGCCUUCAACUAUUCAAGUGAGUAAAAUUUAUAAUGAAACAGAUAAAAACAAAGAUAGUUCAGAGCCGGUUCUUCUUGCCAUAGUGUCAUCCGAGCACAUCAACAUCUUCCGCACAAAUUCCGACUAUGGAAUGUCCUGUGGUUCAAUGCUCCGUGUAUGUCACUCAAUUUCCGGAUAAUUUCAAGCUCAGCUUCGUUUAGAACUUAUCAACGAAAGGAUUCGAACCGCGAUGCUUUCCGAAUGGAACCAGCGACGUUUUCCGCUGGAUUCCGUGUCCUGAUGGUCAUCUUUGUAAAGGAGAAGACAAUGCGGCCAACGUGAUUCCGGGAUAUCAGAUGACAAUGCAAAUACAAGAGCCAUACAAUCCUGAGCAUUGGUAAGUUGGUGAUAGCGAGCAAGGCCACGAAAUUGUUGAAUUAAUUUCAGGUUUGUUUUGUUGAUCGCUUGCAAUCUGGAGAGCAACUGCGAAUGGAAAGACUCGGCACCGAAUGUUCCCAUCAACUACGACAUCUGGCUGACGAACGGAAGACCGAACAGUGCCGCUGUCAGCUUUUUCACAUUCAACUUCUCAUUUGAUGAGCAGGUCAGUCAAACCUUGGCUGACUGAUAAAAACAUUGCAAAUCUAUUAACAGAGUACUGUCCAACUGUUCCUCAUCACCGUUGUCGCCUACGCAAUCUUGUCGAUCAUCCAAUCAGGUGCAAACUUCAAGAAUCGUCAAGUGCCACCACGCAGCAUGUAAGUAAUUUGAGCAUUCUGUCCGGGCUCAUAAUAGUUGGUCUUCAGAAUUCUGUCGCGAAUCAUCACAAUGAAGCUGAUCGGCUACAGUCUGCAGUGUUUCAACGUGUUGCUGUUCGCGUAUGACGGACAAGGAUUCUUUUUGGCAAGAAUUGCUGGCGAAGUGCUCAGGUGAUACAUUUUUCCAAAUCUUCUUCAGCUUUUUCCAGAGCUGGGCAAAAGGCUGGCCCAGGCUUCUCGAAGUCCUGUCGAGACCUUGACUUUUGGGUCAUUUGGAAUAUUCAGAUCGGAUCCAAACUGUGCAGGCAGUUCGUACUUGGAUUGAAGCUUAUUGCAUCCAAGAUUCAGACCGAUUGAAUACUCUCAUCCCGAGAUAUGUGGAUCAGAGGCCGAAAAGUCCGCAAUAUUGGCAAGGACGUGGCUUUUUCGGUCAAAAACCAGUGUAUCUCCGGACCAGAUAGUCCAAUCGGUCUGAAACUUGGACCCAAGAUACUUCAGUCUAAGUCCAAGAAACCUAAAAAUUAUGGAUCCGAUCGGAUUUUUGUAAGUGGGUCAGAAGUACACGUCUCGAGAGGCCUUCAAAAAUUCUGGCCCAUCCCUGGGUUUUUGCAAAAAUAAUAUUUGCAGAAACACGUCCGUGCAAGUUCAUUGCCUUCUGCUCAUAAUGCUCGCGAAAGGAUGGGAUAUUACGUACCCAGGAACCGAGUACCCCCGAAAGUGCCUCAUCAUGUGGGGCGUGCUCGCGGGCCUCGACACAAUUCUCUUCUUCUACAACUGCGUACGUCAUCAGAACUUUGUUCACUCAAUUUGAAAUUGCAAGGCUUCAGACAUUUGUAUACGACGUCCUUCAUGACGUUGACAUUUACUCAGCAUGGCCGGGACAUGGAAUGAUACUCAUCAGAAUUAUAUACGCAAUUUGGUUUCUGAUUGAGAUUCGCAGACUCAUCGAUAGGUAAUGAGAAUGGGAGUGAAAGUGAGAGUGGCAACUUUCUUUUCGUUUCAGUGAGCAAAAUCGUCAAAAAGCAGAAUUUCUGGCACAUUUCGGGGCCGGUUUCCUUGUCUGGUUCGUCUCUCUGCCCAGUAUCGGAAUUGUCGCCUCGUUCGUCUCACAACUCUGGCGAUUCUCGCUCAUUCUCGGUAACGUUUUGCAGAGAGAUACGUUUUUAGAUUGACGUAUUUCAGCAUUGACGACUUUCUCCAACUUUGUCGCGCUCUCCUGCUUGGUUCAUCAGUUUUGGCCAAAGUCCUCAUACCGAAAGUUUUUUGCGGAUUAUACCAAGUGAGUACAGACCUUAUGACACUAUACCAAUGAUGAGUUUGAAUCGUUUAGCGGUCAUCGACGGCUCGGAAGAGACGACUCUCACGAGCUCAGUGACUACGACAACUUUCUGUUCUACGACAAUGAUGACUCUGACUCCGAUGCCGAUUUUCCCGACUGUGAGGACAUCAUUCGAACUCAGAUCUAG